UAAAAAACCCCAUUUGAUUCAUCUGAUUUUCAUCUGUAAAGCAAAAACCUUCACUGCUAAUCGCGAAACACAACAAAGCCCGGCCCAGCCCCGUCUUCCUCCAAGUUGAAGCCCAACCCAUUAUGGAAACAUGAGCUUCGUUCAUACAACAAGACAAAUGGAUGACCAGAAGUUCCUGGCCAGCAAACCACGGCCCGUCACUGUAGUUAACAUCUGGAAGCCGUGAGAGAGGUCUGGACUCUGGAGUAAGAACCCAGGAAGGAAAGCGCAGCAAUUAGAAGUUUCGCCAUUUUUCCAAUCCUAAUCAUCACCUUCACCCUUAGCUAGAACGUUCAAGAAGUACUACUCCCUCCAAAAACCCUCUCUAUAUAAUCUCCACCGGACUCCCGCCCAUCCACCAGAUCGCCGGAAAACACUCAGUAAACAGAGUAAGCUCAGUCGAACGCAAGCCAAAAAGACAAAAGAAAAGAAUGCCACGUCAUCUAAAUCUCCUGCUUCUUCUUCUCCUCACCUUCCACGUCAUCCAUUCCACUACCACCACCACCGCCGCGGCGUCCCUCCUCCCGUUCCUCGACCCGCCGCCGCUGCCCGCCGACCUCUGGCGCGACCCGUUCCGCAUCCUGGAGCACGCCCCUUUCUCCCUCGAGCGGGACGACGUGUCCCCUCUCGCGGCGGCAGCCACGUCACAUGCCAGGGUGGACUGGAAGGAGACCCCCGAGGGACACGUCAUCAGCCUCGACGUCCCCGGGAUGCGGAAGGAGGACGUGAAAAUCGAGGUGGAGGAGAAUCGUGUCCUCAGAGUGAGCGGCGAGAGGAAGCGCGAGGAGGAAAAGAAGGGGGACCACUGGCAUCGAGUGGAGCGGUCGUACGGGAAAUUCUGGAGGCAGUUCAGGCUGCCGGAGAAUGCUGACCUGGAUUCGGUCCAUGCGAGGCUGGAGAACGGUGUGCUCACCGUUUCUUUCGCGAAGCUGUCACCGGACAGGAUUAAGGGGCCCAGGACGGUGAGUAUUGCUGGCGGAGAGUCGGCGGCGGCGGCGGUGAAGGAUGAGGCGGCAGCCAAGCAGGAGCUGUGAUGGUGAUUGGUGUGAAGAGAUAUAGAUUUGAUGACAUACCAUAUUGUACUUUGCUUCAAUUUCCUUUUCUUUUUGUUGUUCGUCAUCGGCCCCGUUUUCUCUCAAUCUGUGUGUGUGUUGUAUUGUGAACUUGUGGCGGGCUUCGGCACGCUGGAGCUCCGACCAAACUUUGUGUCAAUCAUAAUUGCCUUGUGAUCUCCCUCCCGACGGGCUCAUGCCUCAUGCUCUGUUCCUGAUCAUCAAUCUUAGGAGUUAUAGCUAGUCUCUGACAAAUCCCCUGAAUUCUCCGUAGUUUCACAACAUACCAUACCAUUCCAAAACGUUCCAUUUCAGUACUCAAUCCCUAAACUUAACCAACUCCUCGCCCCUUUGAAGCCUCAAACCACUCAAAUUCCCACAAGCUCAAUCUAAAAUCAAGACCGAAUCGGGACAUGAACCGGAGCAAGAUCGGACUGUAUCCAAUCCAAUGUUUGGUCAUUAUAUUCUCGAAAAAACCGGACUGGAAUCGAAUCAAUUCGGGCCAAUUUAACCUAAUCGGACCAUAUAGUCACCCCUAGUUCAUAUUCCAUGACUAGCAUUCUAAUCCUAGUGUGUUUAACUUCGAGAUGUACCUUCAUAUGUGGUCUCCAAGGUGUCCUAGAUUUUCUUUGUGAUUUUGCACAUUGCUAAUUUGCCCUACUCUUCUCUUACAAGAACACAUUUAAGAAAAUGCUUGGCUUUGACAUUGAUUUGUAAACUUACAAGAUCUUUUUUCUGGCCAACUUUCGAUAUUCUUCUCAAAUCGGUUCGAUCCUCUUUUGAUAUUGAUCCAGACCUUCUGUCAUAGGCUUGUAAGAAAUAUUUCAUGUAAACUUUCCAAAAGGUAUAGUAGGUGUUGUCAUCGAGCUUUGGUGGCCGUGUUGCACACUGUCCUUCAACUUGCGUGGUUUGAGGCAGAUGAGACUCAUCGUUGUGGUUGUUGAGCUUGUAGCUUCCAUCCCUGGAUCUUGUUCCUCGUGAGAGACCUGUUCUGAUACGAAUUGUUGAACAUAUGUAGCUCACAAAUUAUCUUGUAGUUACAAUAAAUGAAAUACGAUUAGUUAUCAGCCGCGAUCUUCUAGACUUGUGGGUUGGUCUUGACCUGUUGUUAGAGAGCUAAGAGUUUUAUAAGAUGGACUUUGGCCCUUAUAUGAUCUCCUUCAAUCUUAGACCAACAAGGUACCGGUUGAGAAACAACAUAAGAUAAUGGAGAAUAAAAAGUGUAACCCGUGCACUAGCUUGCUAUAGUUAGAAUUAGUUUUUCAUAUUGUUAGUUGGUUAGAUUAGUGGAAUAAACCCUUCCACCUUAAGUGGAGAUAGAGUAGUAGUCGUACGUGGAGUUAGUUCCACUUGGAUAGGUAUAUUCCAUUUCCUUUAUGUAUUUAAUUUCCAACAUGAAUGAAUAAUAGGUAGCCAAUUUCAGAAAACAAUAAAUCCCUGACCAUUCUCGCCAAGAAAGGAGAAACCUGGUCUACUCCCGUCAAGAAAAGGGAGUUAUCCAAAUUCAAUACGGAUCACCAUCAUUUGCCCGCUGCUCAUUAAGGCAAGAUUCCUCCUUGCCUCCCUUUGCUGCCCCCUGCCCAGUUCAAUUGGUUCAUUAAGAUUUGAAAUAAUAGACUCAUUCGAUUCUCAGUUUCGUCCAUUCGGGACAUUCCAGAUCGACCAAUUUCAGACUCACAAUGGCUCAAAUCAAGUGCUCUACUCGACCGCUUAGCUCUAACCCGAAUCCUCUACCCGGGUUGAGUGGGCGUAGGCCCACUCCUCCACUUUCCGCCUAUCUCUGGUGUGCAACCCACUCUUAAUCUUCAAACUCAAGUCCAUGUCAAAUUUCAUAGAAUUUACUUGGGUGGGGCAUUAAUCGAAUCGAUCCUAAACCAAAUCAAUCGAACAUGAUCAAACAAAAAAUAAAUGAAAAAUGAGGAU